AUGACAUUUAAAUUUUGUGGACUUAAAUAUAUUUUUAACAAUAUAAUAUUGUUUAAAAAAGAUGAUAAAAAAAGUACUAAUAACAAUGAGAUAGAAGCAGAAAUAAAUCAACGUUUUGCUGUAUUUAGUAGAGCCAGAUCACUUAAAUUAAUUGGACCAAAUUUGAUUCGAAGAGGUUCUGAUAUAAUAAAUGUUGAGGCAAUGAUUUGUGAUAUCUUACCUGAUGAUAAAUAA